CAACUCACACUGGCCACAGGCACUAUUGUGCUUGAUGAUUCACUUUUAUGUGCUGGUUUUGAUUACCAGUACAAAGACUUCGAUGAGGAUGCAAUUGAUGGAAUCAAUAGCGAUGAUGGUGAAGGUUGCACGAGUGAUUCUGACUACGAUGAUAGUGACGCGAAUACCUGUGAAUACAGUGAGAUUGCAGAUGACUAUGAUGAUGAAAAACAACGUCAAGAGCAUUGUGAGGGGCAUAAUCCGAUUGAUGAUUAUGAUGAUGAAAAUCAACAUGAAGAGCAUGGUGAGGAACAUAAUCAAAUUGGACUUGAUGAAGUUCUUGGUGGCCAUAAUGUUCUUCACAUCCUAUCAAAUGCUGAAAUUUUGGAGCUAUUAGCUGAUGGUGGAGAGGUGAUUCUUAAUAGAGCGCUGAAAACUUGCCCAACUUUUAGAAACCUGAAGACGUUGUCCCUUGGUGAAUGGUGUAUGGGUGCUGACUUUGAUCCACUAGUUACAUUCUUGCAGCAUUCACCUAAUCUGGAGAGGCUUUUCCUUGAACUUAAAUUGGAUUACUACAGCAUACAGGCAAUGAAAGGAGUUACCAAAGCAGUGGGAAGAUCAUUUGUUUGCACACACCUUAAAAUGGUGAAGAUCAAAUGUUCUAUGAAUGAUGCUAGGGUCCAUUGGUUGGCACAGUUGUUCAGGACUAAUGGCUUACCUAUUGAGAAUAUCUUUGUGCGUCAGACUCGCAGCAUUUGGCUUCCCACCAGACCACAGUAACGUGAAGCUAGAGGGAGGCUGUCGUGAAGAAGCUGCACCGGUGGUGGGACCAAUAAUAUCUUAUGAUCUUAUUCAACAUGAUAAUUUCGCUUAUCACAUUGUAUUUAGCAGAGUUCUGAAGUGCAGAGCAUCUGCGCUGAUCAUGCUGGAAGUACAGCAUGUGAUGCUUCUUUUGAGUACAUUGGAACUAAGUAUAUAUGGCUACCUGAAUGCGAGAAUGAU